AAACGUAAAAGUUCUCGAGUGACGACGCUAUUGUAUUUUACUUAAAAUAAUUGAAGUAUUUAACUUUAUUUAUACAAUUUGGUUCUCGUUUGCACAUAAAUAUCAUUCUUUUAUUUUUAAAGGAGUGCUUUUCUUAUGUACACAUCGUUGUAAAAAUCCUGCGUAAUACAUAACAAGAUGUAAGCUACACAAUAGCAAAAAACAAUCUAAAUGUACUACAAAAACAUUCUAUAGAUAUCAGGUAUCUAGGAGUAAUAGUGAGGGAGUUAAGAAGAAAAACUACCUGUGACAUCUGAUAUCCUGAUGAUGUCUGAUGUCCACAUAAGUGACAGAUAUGGGCCUUUAGUGGGCUUAACCUCAAACUUGUGAAAAAAAAUAGUUUAUUUAACAAUUAUAAAUUUUGAGCAAAUUAUGUUCAACAUAUCGGUAAACUUAGAUACCUUGUAUCAGGAACGAAUAGUUGAAUAAUUACCAGAAAUUGAUUUGAUUUUUGCUACUACUUCUGCAUAUCAGAUUGAUCUCUAUUAUGGGGGACUCUGAUGAUGAUAAUGAUUGUGAGUACGAGAAUGAGAUGAGCCUAGCCGGUUUUAUGUUUGGAAACAUAGAUGAGAAUGGCCAACUUGAGGAUGAUAUACUCGAUCCUGGUGCCAAGCGGCAUCUCUCAUCACUGUGUCAGCUUGGGCUUGGCUCGAUGUUGCAUGACAUUAUAUCCGAAGAAACUGGCAGCAAGAAGAAAAAAAGAGAAAAUAAUGAGGAUGACAAGAAGGAAGACGAGCAGGAUGAAGAGGAAGAAAACAAUAUAAAAAAACCAGUGGAGAAUGGAGAUAAUCCUGAGGAAGAUAACACUGACUAUGUGUCCAAGAGCCCAACUGCUCAGGACUUUUCUGACAUCAAUGAACUUGCUGAUGAUUGCCAUGAAGAUGUUUCAGACAACACAUCAAAUUCAAUGAAAAAUGAAAAAGAAAGUGAUUAUGAUGCAGACGAUGAAGAUUUGGAGCAUAAGCAAGAUAAAGAAUUGAUGCCUCCACCACCUGUGCCCGAAGAAAAAGACGUCCUUACUUCUGAGGAGGCUGAGGCGGCAGCCAAACGAAAACUCGAAACUCCACUUGCUUCAAUGUUACCAUCGAAAUAUGCUAACGUUGAUGUGACAGAGUUGUUUCCGGACUUUCGCCCAGGUAAAGUGUUGAGAUUUUCAAAGCUAUUUGGCCCUGGCAAGCCUAGUAGUCUGCCUCAAGUUUGGAGAAGUGUCAAAAAAAGACGCAAAAAGAAAAGGUUUCAGGACAUAAAGAGUUCCGAUUCGGGAUCUGAUCAGGAAAAUAGAAAACCAAAAUUCAAGGGAUGGUUCAUGAAUUAUGGAUGCGAUUAUACCCAAGAUCAGAUCUGCCCGGAUGAUGAGGAAAAAUUGUUAGAACCUGUCAAAGAUACAGAAGAGAUCGGUAAAUCUGGGGAUAAUAAUGAAAAUGGCGAUAUGGAGCCAAAGGUUGCCGAUUGGAGGUUUGGCCCAGCACAAAUUUGGUAUGAUAUUCUUGAAGUACCUGAAACUGGAGAGGGUUUUAACUAUGGAUUUAAAUUAGCUGAAAAGGAUGACGAAGAUAAGCCAAAAAUAGAAGAUUUUUCGGAUGAUGCCUUUCUUAUGGUGUCACAAUUGCACUGGGAAGAUGAUGUUAUAUGGAAUGGUGAUGAUAUGAAACAUAAAGCUAGACACAAAUUAAAUACUAAAAAUAAUGCUGCUGGUUGGGUACCAUCAAGUGACAACAGAACUGCUCAAGCAUUCAGUCAACCUGGUAAAGGAGUACCUGUUCCUGUUGCACCAAAUGUUAGACUAGCUACAUCACAGAUCUCUACACCUUUGCAUAUGCAAUCUCAGAAAAAUAAAAUGUUACAACGUUCAGAAUAUCGAGAUGAUACUUGGUACUCAAUUUUCCCUGUAGAAAACGAAGAGCUUGUUUACGGUGUAUGGGAGGAUGAAAUUAUUUGGGAUGCUGAACACAUGAAAAAAAUUCCGAAACCCAAGAUACUUACUCUUGACCCCAAUGAUGAGAACAUUAUCCUUGGCAUUCCUGAUGAUAUUGAUCCUGCCCUCUUACACAAAGAUAAUGGACCUCAACCCAAGGUAAAGAUACCUCAUCCACACGUAAAGAAGAGUAAGUUACUACUCGGUAAAGCAGGAGUCAUUAACGUGCUAGAGGAAGAUACUCCGCCUCCGCCACCCAAGUCGCCUGACAGAGAUCCAUUUAACAUUUCAAACGACACGUAUUAUAUGCCAAGAUCUUCUGAAACUACUUUAAAAUUAAAAGUCAGUGGUGGCAAUCUUAUACAGCACAGUACUCCUGUAGUGGAACUACGAGCUCCAUUCAUACAAACUCAUAUGGGACCGAUGCGACUGCGAAACUUUCAUAGGCCGCCUUUGAAAAAAUAUAGUUAUGGUACUCUAUCUGCAACAGGUUUUCAUGGGGUUCUACCAUUAGUAAAACACAUUAAGAAGAAAGCAAAAAUGAGGGAACAAGAGCGAAUCGCUUCCGGCGGUGGUGACGUUUUCUUCAUGAGAACAGCCGAAGAUUUAACUGGCAGAGACGGUGAGCUCGUCCUCAUUGAAUUCUCCGAAGAGCAUCCGCCUUUAAUGAAUCAAGUAGGCAUGUGUUCGAAAGUGAAAAAUUAUUAUAAGCGUAAAGCAGCCAAAGAUCAAGGUCCACCGAAAUACAAGUAUGGUGAGACUGCAUAUGCUCACACUAGUCCUUUCCUUGGCAUACUGACGCCUGGCCAAAGUAUACAGACUCUUGAGAACACUAUGUACAGAGCACCGAUUUACGAGCAUAAAGUACCCCAAACAGAUUUCUUAGUUAUUAGGUCGAGAAUGCAGUAUUACGUUAGAGAGGUUGAUGCUCUUUUCGUUGCUGGACAGGAAUGUCCUUUAUACGAAGUACCUGGACCAAACUCAAAGAGAGCCAACAACUUUGUGCGAGACUUUCUUCAAGUUUUUAUAUAUAGAUUGUUUUGGAAAUCGAAAGACACUCCAAGAAGAAUAAAGAUGGAUGACAUUAAAAAGGCCUUUACAUCGCACAGCGAAAGUAGUAUCAGAAAACGUUUGAAGUUGUGUGCCGAUUUCAAGAGAACUGGGAUGGACUCAAACUGGUGGGUAAUUAAACCAGACUUUCGCCUUCCCACGGAAGAAGAGAUUCGGGCGAUGGUAUCGCCAGAGCAGUGCUGUGCCUAUUUCAGCAUGAUUGCAGCAGAGCAGAGAUUAAAGGAUGCUGGUUACGGUGAAAAGUCUUUGUUCACUACACAAGAUGACGAUGACGAAGAGAUGCAACUAAAGAUGGACGAUGAGGUCAAGGUCGCUCCUUGGAAUACUACGAGAGCAUAUAUACAAGCUAUGAAAGGCAAGUGCCUUUUGCAGUUGGCUGGGCCAGCUGAUCCUACGGGAUGUGGUGAGGGCUUCUCUUACGUCAGGGUACCUAAUAAACCAACUAUCAGCAAAGAGGAACAGGAGGCGCAGCCUAAACGUACAGUUACGGGUACUGAUGCCGAUUUACGCCGUCUUUCAUUGAAUAACGCCAAGGCUCUGUUGCGUAAAUUUGGUGUGCCCGAAGAGGACAUAAAAAAAUUGUCUCGUUGGGAAGUUAUCGACGUAGUACGUACUUUGUCAACGGAAAAAGCCAAGGCGGGUGAAGAGGGCAUGACCAAGUUCUCUCGUGGUAAUCGUUUCUCGAUAGCAGAGCAUCAAGAACGCUAUAAAGAAGAAUGCCAGCGUAUUUUUGAUUUGCAAAAUCGAGUACUCGCUUCUGCUGAAGUGUUAUCGACCGAUGAGGGUGAGAGCUCGGAAGAAGACAGCUCUGACAUCGAAGAGAUGGGAAAAAAUAUUGAAAACAUGUUGAGUAACAAAAAGACUAGUACUCAAAUGAACCUUGAAAGAGAAGAGCAACAAAGGCAGGAGCUAAAGAAAAUGUUUAUGAACGAUAAUCCAGGUACUCAUGACGAUAAAAAAGGAAAGGACAAGAAGAAGGACGAUGAGGAUGAAAAUUCAACCUUGAACUAUAAUUCACAGCCGGGCCGAGUUCUCAAAAUUCAUCGUACUUUCCGUGACGCUGAUGGCAAAGAGUUCACUCGCGUGGAGUACGUGCGCAAACCAGCAGUGAUUGACAUCUACCUCAAGAUUCGUAACCAAAAAGACGAUUCAUUCAUCAAGCAGUUUGUCACACCUGAUGACGCUCAAAAGGAAGAAAUGAAACGGGAGAAACGGCGUAUUCAGGAACAACUGCGUCGUAUCAAGAGAAAUCAAGAGCGGGAACGAAUGAUGGGUGGUAGUUUGAGUGGCCUGGACCAUCGAUCCAAUCAGCUGAAUGGCGCUGCCAGCCACUUAAACAACAGCAACUCACAGAGCAGCAGCCAUCAGUUCCCAUCUCAAAAUCUUUACGACCGAAGUGGUGCCUCGUCGCCCGUUUCCUCCCUAGCGCCCGGUGGAAGCUUAUCCAAUACAAGUAAUUUUCCCUCCUCCAACUUACUACCAUUCAAUUCUUCCACUUCUACUUCUAAUCUUAAUAAGCCUAUCUCUAAACCUGAUCACAUGUCCUCGUCCUCUAAACGCAAAAAAUCCAAAUUAAAACCAGAUCUGAAGCUUAAGUGCGGUGCCUGCGGUAACGUCGGCCACAUGAGAACCAACAAGGCUUGUCCGCUUUAUCAAAAUAGCAUCGGCAACAUGAAUCCCAUGAGUGUUUCCACGAGCGAGGAGCAGGAUGAGGAAAUCGAGAAGCCAUUUAUACCCGAGGAUCAGGAUCUGGUCAAUAUUGAUGGUACCAAGGUCAAAUUGUCAUCAAAACUUAUAAAGCAACACGCAGAAGAAUUGAAGCGUCGCUCGCUUCAACUUAAAACGUCCAAAGAUACAUUCUUAUCUAGAAAACGCAAGCGUCCAACGAGCGACGAUCAGUGCGACUAUACUAAACGUUAUCAGAGACCAGCUGGCGUGAAUCGACGACGUGCUGAUCCACUGGUCGUCUUCUCGACGAUUCUUGAAAACAUACUCACCGAAAUGCGAGACUUACCCGAUGUUAAUCCCUUUUUAUAUCCUGUCUCUUCGAAAUCGGUGCCAGAUUACUUGCGUAUCGUCUCAAGGCCAAUGGACUUGCAGACCAUUCGUGAGAACCUGCGACAAAAGAAGUACCAGAGUCGCGCUGAUUUUCUUGGUGACGUUAACCAGAUCAAGGAGAACAGUUGUUUGUAUAACGGACCCCAACACUCUUAUACCGAAGCAGCCCAGCGAUUACUUGACUUUUGUGUGAAUCAAAUAGCCGCGAAAGAGGAAAGAUUAAUGCGGCUAGAAAAAGCGAUCAAUCCUUUGCUUGACGACGAUGAUCAAGUCGCGUUAUCAUUUGUUCUCAACUCUUGUCUCGAGAAAGUCAAGAACAUGGCUGAAGCCUCUCAGUUCCUGAAGCCUGUAAAUAAAAAGCUUAUCAAAAACUACUAUACUGUUGUCAAGAGACCAAUGGAUCUCGAGACAAUGACGAAGAAUGUAACUGACAAUAAUUACCACAAUCGUGCAGAAUUCAUAGCAGACCUGCAGCUAAUUCUCGACAAUUGCAUUCUUUUCAAUGGCGACAUAUCUCCUUUCACCUCAAAGGCAGAAGUACUCGUCAAAGCUGCCAAAGAAUUCUUAAACGACUGUGAUGGGCAUCUAACGCAAAUUGAAAAGAAGAUCGCUCUUACGCAACAGCGAGCUUUUGAGCAAGCCGACAUCGAUGGGGACGCUUCAUGGAUCGGCGAAGGUUGCGAAGAAGAAAAUUACCCGAUGAACGAGUCGGAAUUCCGCGAAAGUCAAAUCAGCUCGCCAGAGAAUGCGUUCGGCAAAUCAAGUAUGGACGAUUAUGAUUUUGUCGAUGUAGAGAAUGAUGUGGAGGCCGAGCUUGGCAAACCGACCGCCAUGAAAAAAGAAAAUCUUCUUGCAGAAGAUUUACAAUUCUCAAGCGAGGACGAUGACUUUGACGAGGUGCCUUAUGAUGAUGCGUUCGAGGCGACCGAGCUAAAACCUCUUGUGCCCGUGGAGGUACGGCCAGACGAAUUACCAGCGGAUGAUGACAGUCAACAAGUCGCUGAGGCAAUGAUUCAACUUGGCAAUGCCGGGUCUUAUCUGGGAGAACAACCAAUAAUGCAUCAUGAUGAAAGCGUUGACUCUAACUACGAUCCAAUGGGUUUCUUGGAUGCUCUCAGAGAUAAAGAUGGACAAAACAUUCAAGUAGUGAUGGAGAACAAAAUUCAGAUCGAUGGCGUAAAUACCAUAGAAUACGAAACGGAAAGUAGUAGAGUUCAGUACGAAGUAGAUAGUAGAAUCCAGGAAGACCUGGCUGUAUCUGAGAGCGACGAGGAGAAGCCUGUUAUUAAAAACGAACUGCAAUCUACGGAAGAGGAUUUAGGAAGCGUAUGGUUCUAAAAAAAAACAUGUUGUUAUCAGUUCAAACUUUGUGUUUGACAAGAUUGUAAAAUAUUUAAAUCAACGUAACUAUAUAAGAUAUUUUAUGCACAUGGAUAUUUAUAGACUCGUACCACUCGUUAUAUUUUUUAAUCCUUUCUGUAGGAAAAAAGUUUCCUCACAAGGCUUGUACAUAAAGUUAUAUAUAAAUAUCAUCGAAAUACAUCGGGUUGCCGAAGAUAAAUCUUACAAAGUUCGCGUGUAGUUUGUAAAAAAAAAAAGUAAUUACAUUUCGGUAAAAAAAAAUUUGAAAUUAGUUUACUAGUCAAGCGUUUGAAUCAAGAAAAAUAAAAAUUUGUCUGAAUAUGACUAGAGAUCAGAGAUAUGUCCGUACAGUUAUUUCUUCUUCUUAACGUUCAAUAAG